GUCAAGGUCCUCUUUAUCGUGUAGACUGUAAUAAUAAUUAUGAUUUAUAUCGGUUAUGUUGGUGUUAAAAUUUAAGAAUUAAGGGCUUAGCUUCGUGUAAAUACCAUUCGUGAUGUUCUAGUAUCAUCGAGGCGCAAUUAAAUAGUCCAGUACUCGUAGAAAUUGUCCAAAAUACUCGUUAAAAACACCGAUAACAUUUAAGAGACAAUUAAAUUAAAGCCGAUAAAUCAUCGAUGGGUCGUUGAAUAUCGAAUUGCAAGUGAAGCGUCAUUGGAUAAAUAAUAUUCACCUCACAGUGGGUGUUCUAAUUUCCCGUUACAAAGUUGCAUAAAAAUCGCAUUUUAGCAAUGCAGAAACAGUAUGUACAGAUCGAUAGGAAUAGCCGGAGACGCCGCCUGCGUGACCUUCAAAUCUCCAGUUAUUCCUGUCAAACAAAGUGUAACAAAGACAACUUCCAUUAGUCUCGUAUGGAAAGGAGAAAGAAGGAGUGAUAAUUGUGAUGAUUCAGUGUCUAUUUUUAGAGGUUUGCAGGUUUAUUAAACAUUAAAAAUUAGCUGAAGUCGGUUAAUUGUCGAGGACAACAAGCGGUGUAUUUGCGGCACUUGUUCAUAACAUUUUCGUUCUAAUUUUACAGCGAAUAUUGGUCGAUGAUGUCAUUGUUGGGAGAGACAUAUUGUUUUCGGUUUUAUUACCCCGUUUUCUGCAUUAAUCUCGAAGCAUUUUAAUGGGACUUUCAGCCUUCGAAAGAGAAAAUUUUAUGUACUAAAUGCUAUAAAACUUUCCUCUUCUUAGUAAAGGAUUUAUUUAUAAUAGAUGUUAUGUCAUAUAGGCAGUGUUUGCAAUGAUUUACUUUUACAAUAAACUGUUUAUGCACAAGGAAACGACGACGAAUCAUUCGAACCAGUACGCCCGACAAACUCGCCAACUACACAACAAGCAAAAGGCCAUUUCGAAAAAAAAAAAAAAUUUUUAAGUGUACAACAUAUCUAAUAAUGUCUCUAUCGCCGGCCUCCAUUAACUCCAUGUUGGCGAGCAACGUUAACGUUUUCAAGCAAACUUUGCCAUUUACACCGGCUCCGAAAAUUAUUAGGAAACACUACACCAGCCACGAACCAUACCAUGAUCACCAUGAACACCAUGAACACCACGAAGAACACCACUACGGCAAGAAACAAAGCCGCAGCAUCGCCCUGACGGCCCUGACGUUGCUGGCGUUCCUCUUCUUCCUGCACAUCCUGCAACAGUGCCUGCACGAUCAGGUGGAAAUGUCCACCACGCCGGCACCCACCGUGGUGAUGCAGGCCAACAUUCAAGCCAAACAAAGCGCUGUAAUUUUAUCGAAGAAAGCUCAAGAUAGAGUCGAUGAAUCGGAGGAGGAAGACCUCAAACCCACCACUCCCUAUGGGUACCACGUGGAGGAGAGAACGAUGGUGACUGAGGGGGUGACCGAAGGGAGUAGUUUGUACGAUUACGAGAAGUAUCGCAUUCCUAUUAAGAUGAAAGUGGUGCAGAAAAAUGGCGAUCGGUUGAAACAUGUUUAGUAC